CUCCUCGGCUGGGCUGGGCUGGGCUGGGCACGGCUCGGCUCGGCUCGGCUCGACACGGCACGGGUUGCCAUGACAAGCAUUUUCUCCCGUUAAGCUACGGGAAGGCUUCUCCGCCCCUCGCAGACUCCCCCUUUCCCCCCUCCCUUCCAUUCCCUCCAUCCCAUGGCCAGCCGCGGGGGCUCCGCUGCCAGCCAGGCGCCGGGGGGGCUCAGCCGCUCCAGUUGCUGUGGUAUCCAGGGAGCCCUCCUCCUUCUGCGGGAGAUGCACGCUGGUUGUUGCUAAGGUCGCCUCCGCGGUAACAUGCACAUCCUGUUUACACCUUUAUCCGGAGAAGUUGGGCUUGGAUAGAGGCACCCGCUUCACCCAGGAAGCCCCCAGGAAAGGUGCCACACUGAGCAUCCCCCCAUCGGACCCUCAAAGGAGGGCGUUACUGGAGCCGCGAGUCAGCAUCACCGCCUCUGCAUUGGCAAGAUGACAAAUAACGUGGCUGACCACCACCCCGGGAACUCGGUUGCUGAAGGCAACCAUGAGGGGGACUUUGGUUGCUCCAUGGUGGAGCUCAGGAACCUCAUGGAGCUGAGGAGUGCCGAGGCAGUUGCCCGGCUCAAUGACUCUUACGGUGGUGUGCAGAAUGUCUGCAAGAGAUUGAAGACAUCGCCAGUUGAAGGUCUGUCCGGGAACCCAACUGACCUGGAGAAGAGGCGGCAGGUCUUCGGCCAGAACUUCAUUCCUCCAAAAAAGGCCAAGACAUUCCUGCAGUUAGUGUGGGAGGCACUUCAGGACGUCACACUGAUCAUCUUGGAAAUCGCAGCCAUAAUCUCUUUGGGCCUGUCCUUCUACCACCCUCCAGGUGGUGACAAUGAACUGUGUGGCCAGUCAACGGGCGGUGUGGAGGACGAAGGCGAGUCACAGGCCGGCUGGAUCGAGGGGGCAGCUAUCUUGUUUUCGGUGAUUAUCGUGGUGUUGGUGACUGCCUUCAAUGACUGGAGCAAGGAGAAACAAUUCCGGGGCCUCCAGAGCCGCAUUGAGCAGGAGCAGAAGUUUACGGUCAUCCGCAAAGGGCAGGUGAUUCAGAUCCCAGUGGCUGAGAUUGUGGUGGGAGACAUCGCGCAGAUCAAGUACGGUGAUCUCUUGCCAGCAGACGGGAUCCUGAUCCAGGGCAAUGACCUGAAAAUAGAUGAGAGCUCGCUGACCGGGGAAUCAGACCAAGUCAAGAAAUCGCUGGAUAAAGACCCCAUGCUGCUUUCGGGUACCCACGUGAUGGAGGGCUCCGGCAGGAUGGUGGUGACUGCCGUGGGUAUCAACUCCCAGACAGGAAUCAUCUUCACUCUCUUGGGUGCGGGAGGAGAAGAUGAGGAAAAGAAGGUGAAGAAAGGUAAAAAAACCGGAGCCACCGAAAAUCGCAACAAAGCUAAAACUCAGGAUGGUGUGGCCUUAGAGAUCCAACCCCUGAAGAGCCAGGAAGGGGUGGAAAAUGAGGAGAAGGAGAAGAAGAAGGUGAAGGUGCCCAAGAAGGAGAAGUCUGUGCUGCAAGGGAAGCUCACGCGCCUGGCGGUCCAGAUCGGGAAGGCGGGGCUGAUCAUGUCAGCAAUCACAGUCAUCAUCUUAGUGCUGUACUUUGUGAUUGACACGUUUGGGGUGCAGAGACGGCCCUGGCUGGCAGAGUGCACCCCAAUUUACAUCCAGUACUUUGUCAAGUUCUUCAUCAUUGGUGUCACCGUCUUGGUGGUGGCUGUGCCCGAAGGGCUCCCACUGGCAGUCACCAUCUCCCUGGCCUAUUCUGUGAAGAAAAUGAUGAAGGACAACAACCUUGUGAGACACUUGGAUGCAUGUGAGACUAUGGGCAAUGCCACUGCCAUCUGCUCGGACAAGACGGGCACACUCACCAUGAACCGCAUGACCGUGGUGCAGGCCUACGUAGGGGACACUCACUAUCGCCAGAUCCCCGACCCCGAAGCCAUCCUGCCCAAGGUCCUGGACCUCAUAGUCAACGGUGUCGCCAUCAACUCAGCCUACACGUCCAAGAUCCUGCCACCGGAGAAGGAAGGCGGGCUACCUCGGCAAGUGGGGAACAAAACUGAGUGUGCCCUGCUGGGUUUUGUGCUGGACCUGAAGCAGGAUUACCAAGCUGUGCGGAACGAGGUGCCAGAGGAGAAGCUCUACAAGGUCUACACCUUCAACUCGGUGCGCAAGUCCAUGAGCACUGUGCUGAAGAAUGGCAACGGCGGCUUCCGCAUGUACAGCAAGGGAGCCUCUGAGAUCAUCCUCCGCAAGUGCACCAGGAUCCUGGAUAAGAAUGGUGAACCCCGGGUGUUCAAGGUGAAGGACCGGGAUGAGAUGGUGAAGAAGGUAAUAGAGCCCAUGGCCUGCCAUGGGCUGCGGACCAUCUGCCUGGCUUUCCGUGACUUCUCUGCUGAACCUGAGCCAGACUGGGACAGUGAGAAUGAGAUCCUGUCUGACCUGACCUGCAUCGCUGUGGUUGGCAUAGAGGACCCUGUGCGGCCAGAGGUGCCUGACGCCAUCCUGAAGUGCCAGCGUGCAGGGAUCACCGUCCGGAUGGUGACAGGGGACAACAUCAACACCGCUCGUGCCAUUGCCACCAAGUGUGGCAUCCUGCUGCCAGGGGAGGACUUCUUGUGCCUGGAGGGGAAGGAGUUCAACCGGCUCAUCCGCAAUGAAAAGGGAGAGGUUGAACAAGAACAGCUGGAUAAGAUCUGGCCCAAGCUGCGUGUGCUGGCCCGCUCCUCCCCGACAGAUAAGCACACGCUCGUGAAAGGAAUUAUCGACAGCACUGUUGGUGACCAGAGGCAGGUGGUGGCUGUGACCGGAGAUGGGACCAACGAUGGCCCAGCUUUGAAGAAAGCUGACGUUGGAUUUGCCAUGGGCAUCGCGGGCACGGAUGUGGCGAAGGAGGCUUCGGACAUCAUCCUGACGGAUGAUAAUUUCACCAGCAUUGUCAAGGCAGUGAUGUGGGGACGCAAUGUCUAUGACAGCAUCUCCAAGUUCUUGCAGUUCCAGCUGACCGUUAACAUCGUGGCCGUCAUCGUGGCCUUCACAGGCGCCUGCAUCACACAGGACUCUCCCUUGAAAGCUGUCCAGAUGCUGUGGGUGAACCUGAUCAUGGACACCUUUGCCUCCUUAGCCCUGGCCACAGAGCCCCCAUCUGAGUCGCUGCUGUUGCGCAAGCCGUACGGCCGUAACAAGCCACUCAUCUCCCGCACCAUGAUGAAGAACAUCCUGGGGCACGCGGUGUACCAGCUCACUAUCAUUUUCACACUGCUUUUUGCAGGGGAGAAGUUUUUCGACAUUGACAGUGGCCGGAACGCCCCGCUCCACUCCCCACCCACUGAGCACUACACCAUCGUCUUCAACACCUUUGUCAUGAUGCAGUUGUUCAAUGAGAUCAAUGCACGCAAGAUCCAUGGGGAGAGGAACGUCUUUGAGUCGAUCUACCGCAACCCUAUCUUCUGCACAGUGGUGCUGGGGACGUUUGCAGCUCAGAUCAUCAUUGUGGAGUUCGGUGGGAAGCCGUUCAGCUGCUCUGGGCUCACCCUGAGCCAGUGGUUCUGGUGUAUUUUUAUUGGAGUGGGAGAGCUACUCUGGGGCCAGCUUAUCUGCACUGUCCCAACCAGCCACCUGAAGUUCCUAAAAGAAGCUGGCCACGGCAUCACCAAGGAGGAGAUCCCAGAGGAGGAGCUGCCUGAAGAUGUGGAUGAGAUCGAUCAUGCUGAAAUGGAGCUGCGGCGCGGGCAGAUCCUGUGGUUCAGGGGUCUCAACAGGAUACAGACACAGAUGGACGUAGUUUACACAUUCCAGACCGGCGCCUCCUCUUUGCAGGGAGCCCUCAGGAGACAGCCUUCCAUCGUGAGCCAGCACCACGAUAUCAAAGUGGUGAAUGCGUUCCGUAGCUCCUUGUACGAAGGCCUCGAGAAACCCGAAUCCAGAAGCUCCAUUCAUAACUUCAUGACUCACCCAGAGUUCAUCCUGGAGGAAGACGAGCCUCGAACACCAUUCCUUGAUGGCGCUGAAGACGACCCUGAGACUGACGGACUCAAAAAGCAAGGUGGAGGUAGCCUGGGUGGAUCGACAUCCCUCAACAGAAAUAACAAUGCAGUGGACAGCAGUCAAGUUGAGGUCACCGUUCCGGAGCCAGAAAGCCCCUUACACAGCUUGGAGACAUCGGUUUGACCUUAGAACUUCGAACCCCCCUCCUCUUCCACCUUUGCCCCUCGGCCUGUGUGAUAUCGGCACCAGUAACUGAUCACACACUGCGGUCACUUCAUGUCAAACUGCUCAUACGUAUAUCAUUUUUGUGUUUUGGUUUGGGGGUUUGCUUUGUUUUUUUGGGUUUUUUUUUUUACCUUUUAUUUAGCAGCGGGAAACAGAGUACCACGAUGCUGGGUAUUGGGAGAGAGGCUAAGCCAAAAUUGUGCAUCUCCAUCCCUGAUUUUCAGUGGUACUCACCCAAGUGAAGCAGCCAGGUUAUUUCCUCUCCGAGAGUUGGGCUCCAUGCAUCUGUCAGGGGUUUUCACUUUGAGAAAUGCAUGUUCAAAGAAAGUUCAAAUUGUCGCAGUCUUACACGAACACCCUUGGCCUGAGGGCUGGGGUGCACUUGUGACUCUAAUUUUAUUGUUUUCCACUUGUGGUUUUUAGGGUUUUCUUCUAACGCUGGGGUUUCUUUGCUUGUGGGAUUUGCCUCCCAGUAAUUUCACAGUGGGAACUGGGCAAGUUAGCACUCUAGAGUGGAAAUUUAAGAAUAAACAAACAAAACCCAGCCAGGGGGAAGGUGUUUACUCACAGGUUGAUAGAUACAGGGAUGUACACCAGUCUUCCACCUUGAGAAAUGGUACCCAGCCUUUACAGUUUCUCCUCCUUGUGUGUUCCACACGCUUUUCUCCCUCUAUUUCCAAAGCAGUAAUUGGUAGACAAGGAAUGAAAGCGACUUGGUUGGGACCUUGCUGGAUGUAAAAGAUUGUGAUUUUUCUACAAAGCAAGGUGGAAAUGAAUUGACAGUGGAAGGGUGAUGAAGAAAAACCCCAUGGUUGUAAGAAAUGAGGCUCCUUCCUGAGGAGUCUUAAGAUGCAUCUCUUCUGCUCUUGAAUAGCUAUGGAACUUUUGGCAAGAGUGUUGCAAAGGCUUAACGGCUCCUGCCAUCAGGAACAGGGGGACUUCUGCCCAUUCUGGCUUGUCUAUACUCUUUGGGUUAAAUAAUCCUUCAGCCUUGGAGCGCAAGCUCUGGUUAAAGGCUGAGGAACCCAGAGGAAGAUCCAGCCGUGCUCACCAACACUGUGCAUUGCUGCCAAAGCAUGAGCAGGCUGGAUGGAGAACAAGCAUCAGGUUAUCGACAGUACAGUGGGUCAACUCCUAGAUCAUGGAAGGGAUGAGUCAGGUUUGUCUCUUUUAGCUGGUGGAAGGGAGAGAGAUUCCAUGGCAGGUGGAAGGACCCUUGAUUUUGAUGGCACUUCUGUAGCCAGUUUGCCAGUGGAGGCAAUUCCUCACAGAGGUGGCAGGUUGGUUGGGUGGCUGCAGGUCUUCUAGAGAAGGUGCUGCAUGGAGGCUUUGCCUCAGUUGCUGAAUGUUUGUAGGUCAUCUCUUCACCCCGUGUCCUUUCUCACCUCCGUCUCUUUAAAUGAUUUGGUGAGAGUCCCGUUUUCUUGGAGCAGAGGCCCCACGUGUCCUGGACAAGUUGGCUCUGACCUUCUUGGGAAGCCAUGGGACAAAGCAGGAGGUGGGAGUUUCCUUUUCUUGAGCUUAGUUUCUUCUGCGUGGGCUCUUGCUGGUGCACCCCUAGUUACUGGCCCCAGGCAGGGCUGGAAGAAGCUCUGCUGUCUUCUCUCCUUUGUCCUGUUUGGCUUGGUUGGAAGCAGAGAACCUGGUUGUAACUGGCUGUACAACAUCGUCUUUGCCCAGCCUCCAUCCCUACAAGCAGGGGAGCUUUUAGCGAGAGGGGGGCUGGUUAGUUUCUUCUUUUCUUUCCUUUAAGAACGCACAGCAGAAUCUCCCGUGCCUUCUCCGAGCACUGCCUGCAGCACCGCCUGCCACACGAGGGCCCAGUUCUUUGCCAAGAAAUAAGUGUUCCUUAAACAACAAACACAAACCAAGUGUCUUUGUUUUGUUUCCAGCCCAGCACCCACUCGUCCUUCCCUUGGGGUGGGAGAAGGGAAGGACGAGGUCACCCCAUUCCUGCCCCAGGUAGCUGAGGAAGGCCCUUCUCCUAGAUCUCCUGCUGGAAAGGGGGUGAAGGCUGGGCUCCGUACACUGCCAACAGCAAGAAGUUGCCACCACUGCCCAUCUCAAUUGCAGAGUCAGACAACCGCAUCGCUGCCCUCCCCAUUCCUUCUUCACGAGCCAAAAAAGUACCUUGGGCAGGACCAGAGGGUGGAGGGUGUUUCCUUGGGUUCCACACAAAGCAAGCCAAAAGGGGUGGUUGUGGAGUUUGGUUCUGUAUUAAAGAUGACAUUGCUUAAAAGCUCACUUUUUUUCUAUUUUAAAUACUUGCAAAAAAGAAAAAAAAAAAAAAAAAAGAUGAAAAUAACGGUGUUCAUACAAGCUUACAUAAAUAUUUAUUAAAUACUUAAGGGGGACAUACUGAUUUUUUUUUUUAUUUGAUAUUUUUUUAAUACCUCAGACCUAUUUUAAAAAAAAAAAGGAAGAAAAAAAAAGACUUAAACCAACAAAAUGCCAACUUUGGAGGCUCUCAAAGUCACUCCCAGAAAUCUGUGACUGGCAGGUUGCCACAAGGAUCUGGUUGUUCUUUAGUUGAUAUUAUUUUUGUUGUUCUAGUUUCCAUGGGGAGGGGGGAAGAAAUAAUUCUAUAUAAAUAUUAUGCAAAAAAAUAUAGUUUUCUUUAGAUCAGAAACUGAUAUUUUUACGUCAGCCAUAUGUAUUUUGUUUAAAGAAAAAAAAUAAAGAACUAAAUGGUGAGUCCCUGCAGCUGCAACGGUGCAGGGUUAUGGGACAGCAGGUCAAAGUGACGGGGAAUAAUUCAGUGUAUCAUCGAUCGGAUGCCAGUCAGCUUCCUUUUCUCUGAGCAGCCAUCUUUCUACAAGACGAUAGUUAGGAUGACACAAAUGGGUUUUUUUAAUAUCUAUAAAUUAUGUCCAUAGGGCUAGUCGCUUAAAGCAUAAGCGUUUCUUGUGUGUCCAUCCUUUCUGUAAAGUAUUUUUUCUAUUUAGUCACAGUGAUAUCCUGGCAGCAGAUGACUCUUGGCUUAAGUUAUUGAGGACUUAAAAGAGUUGGGGUAGAUUGGUGCUCUAUGCUGAAAGGCAUCGUUGGCGGCACAAACUUCUGGGGACUCUCUAACAUGCCUUGAAAGAGGAGAAGAAAAAUAUAUAUAUAUAUA